AUGCCUACAAUAGGACAGAAUAAAUAUAGAGCUAAUACAAGCGCGUAUCUAGAUGAUUCACGAAGUUUCAAAAGAAAAUCAAUUGAUGAACAGGAGGACUAUAACAUUGUUGAUGAUUUCUUAUAUCUAAAUAAAGAAAAUAAAAAUAUAUCAAAUGAUGAACAUCAAAAUUUAUAUAUAAAAGAAGAUUUAGGAUUAGCACAUACAAGUGCUAUGGGGAUAAAUAUAAUUAAUAAGUGUAUCACAGACGAUAAAAAAUUUAACGAAUCAUAUAAUAUUCAAAAUUAUGAACAACACGUAGAUGAGAAUGAUUAUAAAUUGGAGUCUCCAUUAAAUGAGAUUCAAAAAUAUCAGCUCACAUUACUAAGAAAAAGUAAUCCGUCAUAUCCUAAACCAUCAAAAAGUGAAGAUAAUAAUAGCAAUGUAAAUAAAGACUGUAGGAAAAAAUCUCAUGAGGAAGAAGAAAAAUAUGAAGUGUCUUAUGAAAAAUAUAAUAUGAAUAUGCCAACCAAAAAUAAUGUAAAAGAAAUAAGGUACCUACAGGGAAUAAAACAAAAGGGCGAUGUUAAAUCAGAUAAAGAUUUUACGAAUAUGAUGGAUUUAAAAAAUUAUAAAGAUCUACAAAUGCAUAAAGUAAAACCGAAUUAUAUAAAUGUAUCAGAUAAUAAAAAAAUAACUGUUAAUAAAAAUAUACCAAUUAAUAAUAAUAUACCAAAUAAUUAUAACAUAUCAAUAAAUAAAAACUUACCUAUGCAUAAAAAUAUAUUAACAUAUAAAGAAAACAAUAUAACAAAAGACCAAGUGUUAAUUAACCCUAGAAGGAAUGAUCAAAUAUUAUAUAAUAAAAAUGACUUAUCAAAUAUAAAAGGAGUAUAUGAGGAAAAAAUAGGAAAAUCAAAAUAUGUAAAAACAAAUAAUAGCUCGGUAGCAAGCUCAAAACUUAUGAAUGACUAUAGACAGGAAGGCAUGGUAGAAAUAAGGUUGAAAGAUAAAAAAUAUGAUGAAAGGUUAAUAUCUGAUGGUUAUGAAAAAAAAAAAAUGUACUACAUAAAACAUAAUGAUAAAAAGGAUAGAAAAGAAAACGAGGAACAACCCACGAUUAAGGAUAAUAAAAUAUAUAAGUAUGGUGACAGAAUAAUAUAUUCUGAUAAAGAUAAAAAGGAAAAUAUUAUAAAAUUAAAUGAUAAGUAUUUAAAUGAUAUGAAUGUGAAGAAAGGAAAUUAUUAUAAGAGUGAAGAAAGUAUGUAUGAUAAUUAUGUUAUAGUAAAAAGUAAUUCUAAUAUAUAUAAUAAAAAGAAAGAAAAUAAUAACAACAAUAAUAAUGAUAAUAAUGAUAAUAAUGAUAAUGAUUAUAAUGAUAAUAAUAAUAAUGAUUAUAAGGAUAAUAAUAAUAAUGAUUAUUAUGUGAGAUCGGGAAAUAAAAAUAUAAUGAUUGACGAUAAGUUAAAAAUGGGGCCAAAUAUUGUAAAUGAUAAAUAUAAAUUAUAUAAGAGAGCAGAUUAUGAAGAAAAUAGAAAAAAAAAAAAUAAUGAAGAAAUGAGAGAUGCACAAAUUGUUGAGAAGGUGAACGAACAUGGAAUAUAUGAAAAUGUUAAAAAUUUAAAGAAUGAUGAAGUGGAUGAAAAUUAUAAUAAUUAUAGUAGCCAUAGAUAUGAUAAAGGAAAAUAUGUAAUGGAAAAUGAUAAGGAGAAUACAAAAAAUAAUAUUAAUAAAGGAAGUAGAAAUUGUAAUGAUAAUAAAUAUAAAGGUAUACACAAAAUAAAUGAUAAUAAUAAUAAUAAUAAUAAUAAUUAUGGUGGUAAUAAUGUUUAUAAUGAUUCUUAUAAUAAUUCUUAUAAUAAUUCUUAUAAUGAUUAUUAUGAUGAUUAUUAUGAUGAUUAUCAUAAGCGUGAUGAUCCCAAUAAUAAACACCAAAUUAACAAAUUCAAUAGAAAAGAAGAAACUACUAUAAUUAAUGUGUGUUCUGAAAAAAAGGCGUAUGAAGAAGGAACGAAAAAUAAAAAUAUGACUCAUAAAUAUGACGAACAAGAUGAAGAUAACAAAUGUGUUAAAAAUGUGAAUAAAAAAAAAUAUUGUUCAAAUAUUAAUGUACAGGGAAAAAAUGGUUCAGAAAAGGUUGGAGGAUAUCGUUCAUCUAAUAAUAAUAAUAAUAAUAAUAAUAAUAAUAAUAAUAGUAGUGUGUCUAAUAAAAAUCUGAACAUUAGUAGAAAAAGCUUAAAUGUUAGUUCUAAAAUAAAAAAUGAUAAAAGUAUUACAUAUAUAUCGUUUGAUGAAAUUACAAAUUUUGAUUUUGAAAUGAAUAAUGAUUAUAUGAAUGAUAUAAUAUCUGAAUUAUUAGGAAUUACAAAAGAUCAUGAAUGGACAAAACAAAUAGAUAAUUUAAUUAACUUGAGAAGAAUAUUAAAAUUUCAUCAUAAAUUAUUUUUUGAAAAUCAUUCAAAAGAAUUAAGAAAAAUUUCAAGAUGUAUUAUCGAAUUAUUAAAUAGUCCUAGAUCAAGUGUAUCCAAAAAUUCUUUAUUAUGUUUAUCUGAAUUUUAUUCAAUAGGUAAAAAAAAAAUGGAUAAUACAUUGGAUGAUGUAAUAUUACCUUGUUUGAAAAAGGCUUAUCAGACUUCUAUUGAUUUUUUGAGUAGUGCCGCAAAUAAUACUUUAUUAUCUAUUUGCAAUUCGUGUAGUGAGAGCAAACUCAUUUUGCAUUUUAUAAAAAUUAUGACAUCAAAACAGAAGACAUAUAACUUGAUUUGUCUGAAAUGCCUAAUUGCGGUCAUAAUUAAAUUUGAGGAUAACAUAAUAAAAUUUAAGGAAAUAAAUAAAUUGAUAGAUUU